AUGACAGAGUCCCCCAGGCUGACCUCGGACGAAGCCGCCAAGACCCUCCUCGACCUGCCUGAGGACCUCCUCGCGCUCGUUAUCGCGAACGUCGGCCUGGGCUCCAUCCAGGUAGCCGCCUGCUCCCUCCUCGCGACCGCCCGCUUCUUUUCCGGUGCCGGGCAAAACGCGCUGAGGAGUGGCUCCCGCCUCUGCUGCGCCGCGGCUCUCGGCUGCUCGCCUGCUGAGGUGGAGUCUGUCUGUGGAUCAUCGGCAGACAGUCCGUGCUCUUUCAGCUGGCUGCGCGACACCGCCUUUGUUGCCAAGACGCACUCCACUGCGCGCUCCAUCGCCGCGACAAACCACACACUGGUCGCAUUUGGCGGCCAGCUGCUCGCGUUUGGCGGCAACGAGGCCGGCCAGGUCGGCACUGGACACGUGUCUGCCUUCACCUCGACCAUCUGCGGGCCGAUGCAGACGUUCGAUGCCACCGCGUUCGUGGCGCGGCAGCAGCGGCUCGUCGACGGAGUCGACACGUCGCUCCUCGCGGCGGUCGCGCUGCCCGCGGCUGGCGACGUCUCUGCUGGCCGAACGCACUCGCUGGCGCUCACCCUGCAGGGGGAGGUCUACGCUUGGGGUAGCAACGUGCACGGCCAGCUGGGCCUGCCAGCGCUCCGUCAGCUGGUUGGGUCGAGCGCGAUAGUGGUGCAAGUUGCGGCGGGCCACUUGCAUUCGGUCUUCCUGCUCCGGACGGGCGCUGUAUAUUGCUGCGGCGCCGGCAGCGCAGGCGAGCGAUCAGGCGAGCUGGGUGACGGGCGGCUCUCCGACUCGGCGACGCCGCGGCGAGCGCUCCUCGACCUGCCUGCGCGGGCGGUGGCGGCGGGCGGCUUCCACACUCUCGCCCUCGGGGAGGACCGGGCGGCGGUCUACGGCUGGGGGUCGGCGGCGUGCGGCCAGCUAGGGCGGUGGCGGCCGCACGAGGCGUUCCGCCCCCUCCCCACUCUCGUCGCGGCGGUCUCGUCAGCAGAGGCUUUCCCUUGCCCAGCACGCCGCGGGGGGCUGCCCAAGAUAGCGGCGAACGGCGCCGUCUGGUCGUGCGGGAAGGGGACUGCCGGCGCGCUGGGGCACGGCGGGCGGGCAGACAGCGCCGCGCCGCGCGCAAUUUCAGCGCUCAAGGGUUUGCGGGAGUCCACGCCACGCAUCCGCCGACGGUGA